AUGAGUAAUCUAGAAAGGUUUAGUUUGUGGUGUGGCAAGUUGGUUCACAAAAAGUUUGGUACCAUAGGCUUAACAUAUCCAAUAUUGCGGACUGUGCAUCGGCACGUAGUAAACAAUAUGGUUUCCUGGAAUUCGACACUGUUGGUGCUGAUUCUGUGCACAUUCCACAACGCAUUGUAUAGCACAAGCAGUGCAAUGUUAACAAGCCUACCAUAUAGCAAUCAAAUCAGCAGAGAGCGAGGAAAUAUACUAAAAAAUCUCACCGGUACGCAGGAGUAUGAGAAUCACAUUGUUACCAGUCGUUUGGACGCUUCGGAACCAGUCCGAAUGAUGUACCGCGGACUCCGCGAAGUGUACAAUCGAUUACUGGGGCCAACCGGAAUGCGUGAUGAAGGUGUAUCACUGCAACCGCGUGUACCACCGUACAUCCCGUUCCCGUGUGAUGUCCGCGGAUACAGAAGUUCAUCUCCGCCAACCAGCGUACAUCGAUUGCGUCCGGGCGAUUUUGACGUCGUGGCAGCACUAGGGGACUCGCUGACCAGUGCCACCGGUGCAAAUUCUCGACAGUUUUGGGAGCUGUUGAUCGACAAUAGGGGGCUUUCAUGGUGCAUUGGAGGUCAGGAAACGUGGAGGACGCAUCUCACACUGCCCAACAUUCUGAAAGAGUUCAAUCCAAAACUGUUUGGGUAUUCAUUUGCGGACUCGUACAAUGUACAUCUUCCGUCGCAGUUUAAUGUAGCGGAGAUUAUAGCGACUACGAGUGAUAUGCCGUAUAAUGCCGCAUCAUUAGUGGAGCGAAUGAAAGCUGAUCCACGCGUCAAUUGGAAAAAGCAUUGGAAACUUCUCACUCUAAUGAUAGGAGGAAAUGACUUCUGCUCGGAUAUAUGCUACCAAACGAAUGCUACCGAGUGGAUCAAUCGGGAUCAAGAGAAGUAUCUUUUAACUACUCUCCACUACCUUAAAAAGGUUAUGCCAAGAACCCUGGUCAACCUUGUUCCCUCGCCGUUAAUAAAUUUGUCAUUCUCCAUCGAUAAAGUACAAGCUCCACUCACAUGCCAAUUUGUGCGUCCUAUUGAGUGCUCCUGUUUGUACGGACCGAAAUACUCCAGCCAACGGAAUCUCUACCGUCAGCUUGAACGUCGCUUUGUUAAGAUCAUGGAACGAGUGAGCUAUCGGUCUGAGUUUCACAGCAACGAUUUUACCGUCGUAUUUCAGCCAUUCUACCGAGACGCAAGUAUUUUCCAUCGACGUGAUGGUAAACCAGAUCUUUCCAUCAUGGCCAUUGAUUGUGUGCAUCUUAGCCAGAAGGGACAUGCCGUAUCGGCGAACGGGCUGUGGAACAACAUGUUGGAACCUACGCGUCUCAAGACUACCGUGCUAAGAGAAUUGUUCGAAGAUUUUAAAUGUCCAACUCAAGAAAAUCCGUUCAUUAGGACGUAUUACAAUAGUUGA